UACGUUUUGUAACUUCUUAUUAAAAUUAUUGUAAUUUCACCCGAUUUGGUUUUAAUAAACGGCUUAAACCCCGAGGAUUGUGUUACCUUCAAAAUUUGAAUUUUAUUCGACAGAUAGUGGGCAAUAAAAUGAUUGUGACUUUAUUUCGGUUACUUCGUUUGAUAUGUUGACAACAUUUUAAUUAUUUUUUGCCUGUGAACAUACUAUGUACACUUGAACCGGUUUUAUAUAGCCAGUAUCUAAUCUUAUCUAUACGUUUAGAGAUGAUUUUUGCCAGAACCUAUAAUUUUUAUUCAUCAAUAUCAAAAAGCAACGUUCCAUUUUUACACAUUUCAAUAUUAGGUUCAAUCUAGUAAAGGCCCAGUAAGUGAAGUUAGUUUUAUAAAUUGCUAUCAAAAUGCGUGUCCUUCCAGAAGACCUACAGAAGAUUGCAGACGAAGAAUUGAACGAAGAUGUCAACAGAAUCCAGGAGGAUUUAAAGCAUAUUAAAGAUUGGAUAUCUAAACAACCCCACUUGAACGCAAGAACAGAUGACCAUUGGUUGUUAACAUUUCUUAGAGGGUCUAAAUUUAGCCUUCAGAAAACGAAAGAAAAAUUAGAUUUUUAUUAUACUGUUAGAGGACUUUGUCCUGAGCUUUACAGUAACCGUGAUCCCUUUUUACCAGAAAUACAAGAUGUAUUAAAAAUGGGUUUAUUUCUGCCUUUGCCAAAGACAACAUCAAAGUCAGAACGUGUAGUUCUAUUGAAACAUAAAAGUCAGGAUCCAGACAAAACAAAAUUGGCAGAUAUCCUUAAAGUCAAUUUAAUGGUUUUGGAUAUUAUUUUAAACGAAGAUGACAAUUUUACUAUAGCAGGAUCUGUUAUAGUGCAAGAUGUGAAAGAUGCAAGUUUGUCAUAUGUAGCCCAUUCGCCGAUAGAUGUGGUGAAGAAGUUUAUCACUGCUGCACAAAAGGGUUACCCAAUGAGAACCAAGGCUCUGUACUUUUUAAACAUUCCAUCGUUUUUUGAGUCAAUGAUGUCAGUUUUCCGGAUGUUUCUAACAGAGAAGAACAGGAAGAGGAUUAAAAUUUUUAAUGAAAAAGAUGUAGAUAAGUUUUAUGAUGAAUUUGAAAGAUCAAUUAUGCCUAACGAAUAUGGAGGUGAUGCAGGUCCUUUCGAUGAUUUGGCAGCUGAAUGGAAAAAAAAAGUCGAGAGUUACCGAGACUGGUUUAUUGAAGAUCAGAAAUUCUGCACCAACGAAAAGAAGAGGCCAGGCAAGCCUAAAACACCUGAUGAACUAUUUGGUGUUGAAGGAUCUUUUCGAAAAUUAAAUAUAACCAAAUUUAAUAAUUUUUUAAUGAAAAUGCGUAAACUUUCUGACGAUCUCCAAAAAAUUGCUUGUGAACAACUCAAUGAGGUUGUCGACAGAAUACCAGAAGAUUUGCAACAUAUAAAGGACUGGCUAGCGAAACAACCGCAUAUCAGUGCAAGAACAGAUAACCAAUGGUUACUAUCAUUUCUUAGAGGAUGCAAAUAUAGCCUCGAAAGAACAAAAGAAAAAAUUGAUUACUUUUAUACAAUACGAGGAAUAUGCCCUGAACUAUUCAAUAACCGAGACCCGUUUCUUCCCGAAAUUCAAGAGGUUUUGAAAUCAGGAACAUUUAUUCCCCUUCCUACGCCUCUUCCCACAGGCGAAAGAGUUUUUCUAAUGAUAGAUAGAGGAGAGAAGAUCAAUAUUACUGAUCAGUUUAAAACCAGCUUAAUGAUAAUGGACAUUUUAUUGAAUGAAGAUGAUAACUUCACUACAGCUGGGAUAGUAUCAGUUCAUGAUUUGAAACAAGCCCUGUUAUCGAAGGUAGUUCAAGCACCGCCAGAUAUUAUUAAAAAGUUUAUGACCACCAAUCAAAAAGCCUACCCCUUAAGGCAGAAGGCGAUGCAUUUUCUUAAUAUACCCUCAUUUUUUCACAGUAUUAUGCCACUGUUUAAUGCAUUUAUUCCUGAAAAAGUACAAAAGAGGAUGAAACUAUAUACAGAAAAUGAUUUAGAAAGGUUCUUUGAAGUAAUUCCAAAAUCUAUUUUACCAAAGGAAUAUGGGGGCGAUGCAGGCCCUGUACAACAGAUAGCUGCUGAAUGGAAGAAGAAAGUGGAGAGCUACAAAGAUUGGUUUGUCGAAGAUGGAAAAUAUGGUACUAACGAGAAGAAAAGACCAGGAAAACCGAAAGUAACCAAAUUUAAUAAUUUUUUAAUGAAAAUGCGUAAACUUUCUGACGAUCUCCAAAAAAUUGCUUGUGAACAACUCAAUGAGGUUGUCGACAGAAUACCAGAAGAUUUGCAACAUAUAAAGGACUGGCUAGCGAAACAACCGCAUAUCAGUGCAAGAACAGAUAACCAAUGGUUACUAUCAUUUCUUAGAGGAUGCAAAUAUAGCCUCGAAAGAACAAAAGAAAAAAUUGAUUACUUUUAUACAAUACGAGGAAUAUGCCCUGAACUAUUCAAUAACCGAGACCCGUUUCUUCCCGAAAUUCAAGAGGUUUUGAAAUCAGGAACAUUUAUUCCCCUUCCUACGCCUCUUCCCACAGGCGAAAGAGUUUUUCUAAUGAUAGAUAGAGGAGAGAAGAUCAAUAUUACUGAUCAGUUUAAAACCAGCUUAAUGAUAAUGGACAUUUUAUUGAAUGAAGAUGAUAACUUCACUACAGCUGGGAUAGUAUCAGUUCAUGAUUUGAAACAAGCCCUGUUAUCGAAGGUAGUUCAAGCACCGCCAGAUAUUAUUAAAAAGUUUAUGACCACCAAUCAAAAAGCCUACCCCUUAAGGCAGAAGGCGAUGCAUUUUCUUAAUAUACCCUCAUUUUUUCACAGUAUUAUGCCACUGUUUAAUGCAUUUAUUCCUGAAAAAGUACAAAAGAGGAUGAAACUAUAUACAGAAAAUGAUUUAGAAAGGUUCUUUGAAGUAAUUCCAAAAUCUAUUUUACCAAAGGAAUAUGGGGGCGAUGCAGGCCCUGUACAACAGAUAGCUGCUGAAUGGAAGAAGAAAGUGGAGAGCUACAAAGAUUGGUUUGUCGAAGAUGGAAAAUAUGGUACUAACGAGAAGAAAAGACCAGGAAAACCGAAAACAUCUGACGAUAUAUUUGGACUCGAGGGAUCAUUUCGAAAAUUGAAUAUAGAUUAAUUACAAAUAGGUAUAAUUAAAAUAUAAUAAAGUGAUUCUCAAAUCUGUG